AUGGCUUCCUCUGCGCUGAGGGCUGGUCUCGCCGCCUCCCAGUCCAUCCGUCGCACCGCUGUCCGGCGUGCACCCCGUGUGUUUGCGCGCAAUGCAUACACUCCUCCUCUACAGGGCGAGCGGCCGCUCGAAAACUGGGAUGACUGGCAGGACUUUCAGAGUGACCGUCAUGCAUUCAAGCAAAUGGUUGACGUGUACAGCGAGUUUGGCUCAAACCAAACGCGUGAAAACACAUUCCAGCCCCACCACACCCUUCACAGGCCUCUCGCGCCGUCCCAGGCAACUCUGUCUGCCCUCAUAGCGGCUGGUGCUCAUCUCGGCCAUUCCAAAUCACUCAUGAACCCAAACUUUAUGCCAUACGCCUACGGCGUGCGUGCGGACAUCACCAUUAUUGACCUCGACCAGACUCUCCCCCUCCUACGCCGAGCAGCAAGCCUCACGCGGGCCAUAGCCGCACGCGACGGCACUAUCGUAUUUGUAGGCACGCGUAAGGACCUUCAACCAGCGGUCGUCAAGGCAGCAGAGCGCAUCGGACCUCAAGCGUACAAUGUUGGCGAGCGGUGGCUGCCAGGUACCUUGACCAACCGGUUCACCAUGUUCGGCGCCGGCAUCAAGGACCAGCGCGUCAUCCCCGACCUCGUCAUCUUCCUGAACCCCCUUGCAAACAUGAACGCCAUCCGUGAAUGCGCAAUUCAACAUGUUCCGACCAUUGGUAUUGUCGAUUCAAACGUAGACCCACGAAUCGUCAUGUAUCCCAUACCGGCAAACGACGAGAGCACCCGGACUGCAGAAUUGAUCACAGGCAUGUUAAGCAUAGCAGGGAAGGAGGGAAAAAUACUUCGCGACCAGCAACAAAGCCAGAUGUCGCGUGGAAAUUCGUUUUCAAGGACCAAGAGGACAGCAUAA